AUAACACGACGUACUCCGGGAGUUCAAAGUAGGAAUUAGGUUCAAGAGUAGAAGGAAUUAGAUGAUAAAAUCAGGUGAGGGUAGACCAGACGGAGCACGAGUGAAGAACGGGUUAAGUCCAAUUGGCGCAAAUCGCAUACCUAUUUACGAGUAUUCUAAUUUACUCCCAAAUAGAUGAACGGGGUUAUAUAAUUGACGACACACAACUAUGAAAUAUCGAAAAUUGAUGAGUGUUAUAUUAACUAGUGAUUGAAAGGGCAGGACUUGAGUGACAACUGAUUCCAUAAUUCUCCAUAGUGUUAAUAAGAAUGUAUUCAUUGAACAAGAGCUCUUAUUGUCAUUACGAAAACACUUCGGUGAGGACGUGCGCGGACCGUAUCUGAAUCACACGAUAAAAUGCUAACUGAGUGACGACGAAAACGUUUUAUUUUCACUUCGAUAAAUUAAAAAAAAUAUAUAAAAACUAUAUAUAAUACGAUACAAUAUGAUCAAAAUAUAUGAGUAAAAAAAUUAAAAAAAAAAAAAAAAAACAUUUUUUAUUAUUAUUUGAAUUUCGUGUGAAAGAACUUUGUGAAAAUGGAUGAGGCUUUCGCGCACAUAGAGAGUAGUGGAAAUAAGAAAAACAAAGCUGGAUGGGUUGCACCCGACGGCGGCUGGGGCUACGUCGUCAGUCUGGGAGUCGGCUUUACUUUUAUGCUGGGAUUUGGAUCUUCGAAUGCAUUCGGAAUACUCUUUCACAAUUUCUUUUUGGAGCAGGAGAGUGGCAGUGGACUACCUCUGGUUAUAGGUGUUUACAACGGAGCUUUAUCAAUAUCGGGAUUUCUAGGAGGUAUCGCUUUAAAAAAGUACUCAUUUCGUCAAGUGGGUUUGGUCGGAGCUGGCCUAUUCAUCCUUGGAGACAUACUCACAAUAUUCGUGACGAGAACUUAUCAAUUGGUUUUCACUUUUGGAGUAAUUAGAGGAGCCGGCUUUGGCGUGAUGAUCCCAGUUAGUUUUACAGCGUUCAACUCUUAUUUUACGAAGAAACGCACAACAAUGAUGAGCGCCAAUCAGACAAUGAGCAGUUUAGCUUCAAUAACAUUUCCCAUGCUUGUAACUUAUCUGCUCUCUGAAUACGGAUUGAGAUGGACCUUAGCUCUAAUAAUGGCUAUAGAUUUACAUUUACUAUUUGCUAUGAUUGUGAUGCAUCCAGUUGAAUGGCAUUUAGUUAAGACAAACGAAAAUAAUACGGAAUUAACAUCAAAAUGUGAAGUAAUAAAUGUUAAAAAAGUUGAGGCUUUCGAUGAAGCUGUAGUCAAGAUGUUACCAGGUGACGAUAAAGAAUGCGAAGAGAGGGAAACAAGAGUAAAGAAACGUGAAUCUAUACAGAAGCAUAUAAUAAAGACGAUAUAUGAGAAUAUCGAUUUAGAUCUUCUAAAGGAUCCCAGGUUUGUCAGUACAUUAGUCGGCGUGGGUUUCGCUUUCGUUUCUGAUGUCACAUAUUUGGCUAUGGAACCAACGUUACUGUUCUCGUAUAAAUUUACUAAGAUUGAAGUAGCAUCAUGUGUAAUGGUGGGAGCGGUUUCCGAUCUCUUAGCUAGAUUCGGACUGGCAAUAUUUACAUACUUCUACGCGGUCGACAGUAGACUCUUAUUCUUUAUUGGGACAUGUGUCACAGUAUUCCUGCGCAUUGCGUUAGUGACUUCAUCCGAGUUAUGGUUCGUGUUUGCCGUAACAGCUAUAUCAGGGCUCGUCAGAUGUUCAGUACAAGUUCUUUUCCCGCUAGUACUUAUUAUGGCAGCCCCUGAUAGAUUCCCGGCCGCAUUAGCUCUACACAUAUUGUUCUCUGGAGUUUUAAUGUUAAUAGCUGACCCUUUGAUUGGGGUCCUCUACGAAGAAACAGGCAGCUACGUGUAUUGUUUCUUGGCAAUGAGUUUUUGUUGUUUAUUAUGUGUUGUUUUAUGGACUACUGAGUAUUUUGUCUAUCGUACAAAUCGUAAUUCUAAUUAAUUUAGUUACAGUGAUUUAUUUAAAUACCAAUAUAAAACCAAUAAGUGUUUUGGUAAUAAUAUUAAAUAAAUAAUUAGAAAUUAA